GGGGAAUGGGGGGGGUUUCAUCAGGAGCAGGGUGUGGCGGCUUCUGGGGAAGUUGAGGACGAGGAGUUUUUGGUUUCCCUCCCUGAAGGGGGUGAGAGGCUGUUCGUGGACGAUGAAUAUGGGUCGAGUCUUCUCGCCGACCUCGACCUCGACCCUGUCGUUGAGGGAAGUGUGGACUUGAGUCCGGAGACUUCAUUGUCCAGGGAUGUUGGCGAGAUAUCAGAGGAGGUUAAAGCCCAAGGGACGGAAGCCAAGGCGAUGGAAAGCGAGAUGGAGAAGGACGAUGGCCACCAAGCAUCUGCCUUGGACUCGGGGUCUCUUCAAGAAGACGGUCAAUUGAACCGUCUUUCAACAGAACGCCCUGUCCCAUCAAGCACACAACAUCAACUGAACGCAGUGUCUACUUCAAUCAGCAAACGAGAAAAGGCAAGGGCCAGGGCGGCAACAAGCAUCAAAUCCCGGAGAGGCGCUCCCAAGAGGGCCGCGGGAACGGGAACUAGGAGCUGGGGAUCAUUUCUCGAAGACAUUAAGAAGGACGAUCAUGAAAUCGCCAAAACGACAGGCAAUGAAGAGGAAGCAGAUGCACUUCCACCACCCGCUUGCCUUUCUCCUAGUCACGACGCUAUUUCCGGUUCUAAAGUACACCCCGAACCAACACCGAAAACUCAUGAAAAAAUUCUGCCGCCGAUCUCAAACCUACACGAACUCGAUGCCUCGCCAGCCAAAGUCACCCCGGCUCCCAAGGUCCGCGCUCGAUCCGGAUUCAUCACCCAGGCAGAAGCCGCCGCCCUCAUCGAUAGACUAUCGCGCGAGAGGGGAGUCCCGGUUAUGAAAGCCCCCGGGCCCAACCCGAGCGAAGAAGACUUCGAAGACUCAUCAUCACAAACACAGCCAGGCCGACACAAGGCAGCGGUUCAAGAGGAUUCGACGAUAAUGCACAGAGAGAAAGCGCUAUCCGUCCAGCUCCAGGAGCCUGUGAAGCCGUUGCCUUGGGACGUCAAUGAGCAGGAGCAUGCUACCAUCAAGGAAGGGCAAAAAUGUCAUUCACAGGAGACCGUUCGCGGAGAGCAGCGUCUCGCAGAAGAGCGCUACACAAUACAACGUCUCAAGGAACAACGCCGUAUAAAAGACUACGUGGGAGAGCGUCGCGCAAAGGAACGUCACGAACAAGAGCAAGAGCGCCGUACAGAAGAGCGUCGCAUGAGAAACUUUCGCAACGCAGAAAAGCGUGUGAAAGAACUCCGCGAAGAAGAACGUCGCGCUCACGAAAAAGCACGUCAAGCAAACGAACGUCGCGCUACAGAAUUUCGCAUACUAGAACGCCGUAUAAAAGAAGUUGGCGCAGGAGGACCUAGCCCCGAAGAACGUCUCAUGGAAAGAUAUGCUAAUUUCCAGGCCAUGCAACAAAGUCACCCUUCUAAUAUAGCCAAGGAAGCCUUACGGGAUUUCGAUUAUAUCCUAGCAGAACUGAUAACGGAAAGAGUUGAACACCAUCAUGAAGUCAGAUUUAUCCGGAAUUGGCUCUACUGGCUGAAAGGACUUGUUACGCACCUGGAUGAAGGCAAUGUAGCUCCGGGGUUUUGUGACCUCUGCGAACGGAAGACUCAUCAAAUCACAAGACACCAUGUCAUUCCGCGAACUCAACGUGAUCGCGACCGAUUCACCAUUGAAGAGAUGAACGAGUUGCUGCAACUGUGCCAACCCUGCCACAGAGCUUUACACAGAGCCAUUCCAAACAACGAAGUACUUGCUGUGGAAUUCAACUCUUUGGCGCGGAUUGCUGAACAUCCCCGGAUUAAAUCCUGGUUGAUAUUCGCGAAAGCGCAUUCUAUUCGGGACCUCCACGGUCUGAUGAGACCACAAUAUGCAGAUGGCCUAUAUAAGCUGGAAGGGGAUGAGCGCCAACUCCAUUUGCUCCGUAUUGAGCAAGUCGCCGCGCAAUUCGCAAGCCGGGGGCGAAAUGAGUUUCGGGCUCUACGCGAUUUCCUGAAGAUUCGGGUUCCCUAUCCCGUCACAGGAAGCGACCUAAGACAUGUUCUCGCGAACCAAAAAGAGGGGGAAAGCUGGAAAGGUCUUUUCCUCGAAAACUUUAAUGCCGGCCGCCAGAAACGCGGUGACAUAGUGACUGAGACAGGCACUAGAAGACGUAAUAAACGACGCAGGAGACGGCGCAUCUGGUGAAGUCCGAUCAGCAAUUGAAGCUUUAUUCAAUUCCGCUGGUCUCCUCUUGGCUCAGCUUAGUGAUUCAUGGCAUUAGAGCCUAGGGCUUUACAUUGCUUUUGGUGCCUGUCAACUUUCUAAAGUUGGACUCCGUUUAUGUCUCUGAGCGUGAUUCCAGUGAAAACGGGAUCUGAAGAGCAAAACGAGGUGUCCCACCAGACA